CUUUUCAGCUUCAUUAAUCAAAACACGAAGCCCUGCAAUUUCCCAAAUAAAUAAACAAUCAAUCUUCCAAGAAAAUGGGGAAGCUCUCAAUUUUCAUCUACAUAUCAAUCUUUUCCCUUCUUCUAAUCCUUUUCUUUCACACCCCAUCACGACGCAUCACCCCUCGCCACCGCCGCCUCCGCCUCCGCUCCAACUUCACCUUCAAUCAGCCACUCCACCGUCAGCAACAAGACCACUACGCCCCCUUCGACCCUCUCAUCGCCAACAUCCAACUCCGCCGUGAGGACGAGGAAUGGCAGAACCAUUCCCUCGGCCCUUCCCAAUCCGAUGCCGCCGAUUCCCACCCAGAGUGGGAGGAGUUCAUAAACGAUGAGGACAGGUUUAAUGUCACCGAAAGAUUGUCCUCUCUUUUCCCCAAUAUCGAUGUGAACCCUACCGAUGGGUUUAUAUCUGUAGAGGAAUUGACUCGCUGGAACUGGCAGCAGGCCAUGAAUGCGGCUCUGCAUCGGACUGAAAGGGAAUUUGAAACUCACGAUGAGGAUCGUGAUGGGUUUGUUUCCUUCGCCGAGUACGAGCCCCCCAGUUGGGUUAUGGCCGCUGGUAGUAAUAGUUCUUCCGGCUAUGAUAUUGGCUGGUGGAAUGAGGAGCAUUUCAAUGCAUCAGAUGCUGAUGGGAAUGGGGCUUUGGAUAUGUCUGAAUUUAAUGACUUCUUGCAUCCUGCUGACAGCAGGAAUCCAAAGCUGCUUCUAUGGCUGUGUAGAGAUGUUGUAAGGGAAAGAGAUAACAGCAAAGAUGGAAAGCUCAGCUUCAGCGAGUUUUCCCCGGCAAUUUUUGACUUAGUAAGAAGAGUCGAUGAAGAUUACGGUUCGUUGAGUUGGGAUGAUGAUCAAAUGGAGGCACGGGCAAAAAAGAUGUUCUUAGAGCUUGACAAGGACGAAGAUGGGUAUCUUUCAGCAACAGAACUGCUGCCUGUUAUAGGAAAGAUCCAUCCAUCAGAAGCUUACUAUGCAAAACAACAAGCAGAAUACAUCAUCUCUCAGGCAGAUAGUGAUAAUGAUGAACUCCUAACUUUGAACGACAUGAUCGACAACCCGUUUGUGUUCUAUAGCUCGGUUUUUAGUGAAUACGAGAUGGAUUACUAUCCGUACCACGAUGAAUUUCGUUAGCUGAAUACUGUUGUUUAAAGAAAACAGAAUAUGCGACAAAUGAAAACGACGUCGUGAAAGCUCGACAAUCUUCGAAGAGAUUUUGCUUUAGAAAUAAUAUUAGUUAUAGGUGAUUCUUUUGGAUUCCUCGUCAAAUUUUAAAAAUAAUUAAUAAACGUAAUAGUAUUUUAGUA